CGCGUGUGUGUGUUGCUGUGUGCACGUGCGCGCAGGCCCGUGGGGACCUGGGCGCGGGACCCCGGGGGCUGGCGCGGCAGGCGGUUGUGAGCUGAACCUCCACGGGCCUGGUCCUAAGCGGACGCUCGGGCUAGCCGGGGCCGGCGUUCAGGCCCCGAACCCGGGAUCCCGGCAGCCUCCCGCGGGAGGAAGCGGGCCGCUAACCCGGGAUUCCUCACAGGCCGCUGGGCGGGAGGCCGCCUGGCGGGGGGCGGGCGCAGGCGCAGCGCCGAGGGCCGCGCAGGCGCAGCGCGGGCGGGAAGAUGGCGGCCGGGUUCAAAACUGUGGAGCCGCUUGAGUAUUACAGGAGAUUUCUGAAAGAAAACUGCCGUCCUGAUGGAAGAGAACUUGGUGAAUUUAGAACGACAACUGUCAACAUAGGUUCCAUCAGUACGGCAGAUGGUUCUGCUCUCGUGAAGCUGGGGAACACCACAGUCAUUUGUGGAGUUAAAGCGGAAUUUGCAGCACCACCAGUAGAUGCCCCCGAUAAAGGAUAUGUUGUCCCUAAUGUGGAUCUACCACCGCUGUGUUCAUCGAGGUUUCGAACUGGACCUCCUGGAGAAGAGGCUCAAGUAACCAGCCAGUUCAUUGCAGAUGUCAUUGAAAACUCACAGAUAAUUAAGAAAGAGGACUUAUGCAUUUCUCCAGGCAAGCUUGCUUGGGUUCUGUACUGUGACCUUAUUUGCCUAGACUACGAUGGAAACAUUUUGGAUGCCUGCACGUUUGCUUUAUUAGCAGCUUUAAAGAAUGUGCAGUUGCCUGAAGUUACUAUAAAUGAAGAAACCGCUUUAGCAGAAGUUAAUUUAAAGAAGAAAAGUUAUUUGAAUGUCAGAACAAAACCAGUUGCAACUUCCUUUGCUGUGUUUGAUGACACUUUGCUGAUAGUUGACCCUACUGGAGAGGAGGAACAGCUGUCAACAGGAACCUUAACAGUAGUAACAGAUGAGGAAGGCAAGCUGUGUUGUCUUCACAAGCCAGGUGGGAGUGGACUGACUGGAGCUAAACUUCAGGACUGCAUGAGUCGAGCAGUUACGAGACACAAAGAAAUAAACAAGCUACUGGAUGAAGUAAUUCAGAGCAUGAAACACAAAUAAACAGCCACCACAAUUGAAAAACAGAGCUGUAAAAAUUGUAUUUGUUGUACUGUGCACAGGCUUUUUAUACUAAAUAAAUACCAAAUUACAUUCUUUUGAAAGCUA